GAUUUAACAAUAAGAAGAAGAAUAGAGAAUAAAAGAGAAAUUGUAUACUGGGAUGGGAAGAGAGAGAGUGAAUUAGGAUUCUCUCCAUCAUCCUCUUGUAUUAAUAUUAAGGGGUUGUUUAGGGUGUUCUCAAUAAGUACACUUUUUGACUUUUUGGACUAAAAAGUUGAGGAAAAAAAGAUGGUUGUUUGGGAUAACUUUUUGACCUUUUACGAAAAAAUGUGUAUUAAAAAAUUGUAUAAAUUAGUGUAUAUGAGAAGCUUGGGCAGAGUAGGCAGUACGGUGGGCAAAGUAGUGUAUAGGAGAAGCUUGUCUCCUUUUCGGGCAUUGAAUUGGACGAUGCUGUUUGGCCUGUGGGGGCCCACCACGGGUCCCGUUUUGCUAAUUAGAACCGUUCAAUGUAUAAAACUCGUUGAGUACUAUAUGCUUGUAAACAAUCACGUUAAUCGGAUAUCGAUAUCUAUCUGAUCAGUGUAGCUUUUUGUCAGCCGUUAACUCUAACACCAUCCAUUUUUUAUACAAAACGGAUUUGAUCAUGUAGUUAGCGACAUCCGAUCAACCUGAUUUUUUACAGGCAUAUAUUACUCGAGGAGUUCUACAUAUUGAACGGUUCAGAUUAUCAAAACGGGACUCGUGAUGGGCCCCCACGGAUCGAACAACACCGUCUUGUUUGCUUCUUCGCCUGCUCCUUUUGUACAAACGCUAUGACGAAUCAAGAGUUAAUAGAUAAUGGAAAUCGGAUGAUGGAUGAGGCUGAUCAAGCCAUUGAUAGGUCAAAAAAGAUCAUCCCAUGGACUUACAUGCUAUUGUAUUAUUUCUGUGUGUAUGGUCUCACCUUGUGGGACACAAUGGAAUUGAAGGAGACUGGAGGAGUUUAACUAAAGAGGAAGAUUUGGAGUUGGAGGAGCAACUUAAGCAUCUCAACAAGCCAGCAGUCAAGACUAUACAAAAUAAUUAUGGAGAUAUAUAUGAUUGCGUGGAUUUCUACAAACAGCCUGCAUUUGAUCAUCCUUUACUGAAGAACCACACUUUUCAUUUUCAGAUGAAGCCCACUUCAUCACCCAAUGGAUCAAGACAUCAAGUUUCCUCAGAAGAUAGCAAACCUCUACAUGUAGGACUAAAGGGUGGAGGUUGCCCGGUUGGAACAGUUCCAAUUAAAAGAACUACUAAAGAAGAUCUCAUUAGAGAGAAACUUGCUUCAAAAAUAAUGACUCCUGCAGAUGACACCGGUGGUGCUGAUUAUGCCAUAGUUGAGACAAUAGAUGGUCCAAACAAAUACAGUGGAGCGUCAGCGGUGCUUAGUGUACACCAACCAGAUGUCGUGGGUAAACAAUAUAGUGCAGGGCGAAUGAUGAUUCAAAAUGGGCCUGAUAGCUUACAAGUCGGGUGGAGGGUGGAUCCAACUCUGUUUGGUGACUCAAGUAGUCGACUAUUCAUAUAUACGAAUGCAGGUCAUCUUCCAUCUGCAGUAAAAGAAAUCACAUGA